AAGUCCCAGUGGGUGGGCCAGGGCUUGGGAUAGAGCUGGGCCACUCUGCCUGAGGAUCUGGGGAAGGGGCUGACUAGCCCAGGGCUGAGAUUGGGUCCAACUCAUGCAUGUCCAGGGGCCACCAGAGCCCACUCCCCCUAGGGCUUGCUUGGAGGGGUCUGGCUUAGAUGAGGAUCUCACACAAGAUUUGAGACAGAGGCAAAUGAGCAGGCAUGCUUCUUAAGGAAGCAAGAAAAAGGUGGCAAGAAGCUGACGGCAACCCUCAGGAGAGUUCUGGCACCAUGGACAGUGACUCACAACUUGAACUCGAGCCACAAGGCUGGUCCAGAAGCACAGUGUGGCUUCUCUGCUGAUGUCACAAGACCCAGCUCUGGACCAUGUGUGUAGUCUUACAGUGGACCCAGAACAAGCAGCCAGUGGUGGGAAAACACAGUAGCAGAAGAGACAGAGAAUGCCUUGGUAACUCACAGCAGUGAUGAAGCACUCUACUGUGAGGCCGAUGCGCCCUCAACUAUGGAGAAGGAGAAGACAGCCUGGGAGAAUUCAGAAACGGACCUGGAGACUGAGGAUGAUGAGAAGCUUUACACCACCGGACAAAGGGAGCUGUAUCUGGAGGCCUGCAAGCUGUUGGGCGUGGUGCCUGUCUCCUAUUUCCUUCGGAACAUGGAAGAGCCCUACAUGAAUCUCAACCACCAUGGGCUGGGCCCCAAGGGCACCAAGGCUAUUGCCAUAGCCCUGGUGUCCAACACGAGCAUUAUCAAGCUGGAACUGGAAGAUAACUACAUCAUGGGGGAGGGCGUCUUGAGCCUGGUGGAGAUGCUACAUGAGAAUUACUACCUGCAGGAGUUGAAUAUUUCCGACAAUGAUCUUGGUUUGGAGGGGGCCAAGAUCAUCUCAGACUUCCUCCAGAGAAACAUCUCCUCACUCUGGAAACUUAAGCUUUCAGGAAACAACUUCAAAGAGGAGUCUGCAGCACUGUUGAGCCAAGCCCUGUCGUCCAAUUACCAAAUUAAGAAGAUGAAUCUCAGCCACAACCAGCUUUCUGACACAGGAGGGGAACAGCUGGGCCAGAUGCUGGCCAUCAAUGUGGGGCUGCAAACACUGAAUCUGAGCUGGAAUCACUUCCACAUCCGGGGAGCUGUGGCCCUGUGCAACGGUCUCCGGAUGAACGUGACCCUGAAAAAGCUGGAUCUCUCCAUGAAUGGCUUCGGGAACGAAGGGGCCAUGGCCCUGAGUGAGGUCCUGAGGCUCAGCAGCUGCCUGGUCUACCUGGACAUCAGCGGCAAUGACAUUGGCAAUGAAGGGGCCUCCAAACUCAGCCGGGCCCUGGAGUACAACGAAAGUCUCCGUGUGCUGAAGCUUUUCCUGAACCCUAUAAGCAUGGAUGGGGCUGUCCUACUUAUCAUGUCCAUCAAGAAGAAUCCCAAGUCCAGGCUGGAAGAGCUUGACAUUUCUAACGUGCUGGUGACCGAGCAGUUCACAAAAAUGUUGGAAGGGGUGUACGCUGUGCACCCCCAGCUGGAUGUGUUGUACAAGGCAGUGCAAGGCCUGGCUGAGAAGAAAGCCCUCUUCCUGUGUAAGAACCCCAUGAAGCUGAUCCAGAGCUGUGACACUCGUGUCUCCGGCUUCUCUCAGAGCUACGCAGACACCAACAACAUCACCAUGCUGGAUUUCUUCAAGAGCCUCAAUCCCACUGGAGCCAUGGAAAUGACCGUAGGCGACUUCAGGAAAGCUCUGCUACAGCAAAACAAGGUGCGGUUGAACCACUGCCAGAUCAGGGACCUGGUGAAGAGGCUGCAGCAGAAGGCGGGCACAGUGAACUUCAGUUUCUUCAAGUGACAGAAACCAUAGCCACAAGCCUGGUCUGCAGAGAGGAAGUCCCGGUGCCGGAGUGACAUGGGGAUCUGGAAGAGACAAACAGGUGUGCGGGCCAGCGGGGUGGACUCGAGCCAAAGCCCCAGACUCAGCAGGAGUAAAUAAAGUCUGGCUG